GUUCACCACAGCGAGGAGAUAGGAAGAUGGCAUCCACCGAGCAACCUGAUCCACCAACACAGGAUGGCCUUCCACCUGGAGACAGUGGGCCAGCUCCCCCCAGAGAAGCACUGAUUAUCACCGCUGUAAAAUUUCUCCAGAACCCCAAAGUACGUCAGAGUCCCUUGGCCACCAGAAAAGCUUUCUUGGAAAAAAAAGGGCUGACGGAUGAAGAGGUGGAGUUGGCCAUCCAGCGUUCCGGUAGCACAGAAGAAAUCCUGGCCCUGAUACCCGCGGGACCCCCACAUCCACUCCACGCAACUCAGCUGGUUCCUGUAGUUCACAGUCCAGCAGGCUACCGAUGGAGAGACUACGGUGCCCUCACCAUCAUUAUGGUGGGCAUCGCCUUUGGCUUUCAUCAACUUUACAAGAAAUACAUCCUUCCCCUCAUUAUGGGCAGCCGAGAGGACAAGAAGCAUCUGCAGAGGAUGGAGAGCAACAUUGCGGCAAUGAGUGGCACGCUGACACAGACAGUGAGCCAGCUGCAGCAGACCCUGCUCACUGUCCAGGAACUCCUGAUACAGCAGCAGCAGAAAAUCCAAGAGCUCUCGAAGGAACAGAAUUCAGCAGAGACAUCAUCUUCAACCAACCGCAUCCUGGACAACCAAACAAUUGGAGAGCUGAAGCAAGAGAUAGUCUCUUUGAAGGGCUUACUUCUCAGCAGGAAACAAUUCCCCUCCUCUCCCUCUAUUCCUAAGAUCCCCUCAUGGCAGAUUCCCCUGAAGCCACCUUCAACAUCCAGCUCGGCGUCCGUUAACCACAGCAGCAGCGACAUCUCCCCUGUCAGUAAUGAGUCUGCCAGCUCCUCCCCUGUCAAAGAUGUGCAUCUCAACCCUCAGGAUGAACUGGGAGGCCCCGAUGGAGCCCAUGUUGUGAAUGGGGACGCCUGCACCGUCGGCCACGGCACGGCGCUGCCUGUGGACCUGAAAGACCAGGUCCGCAUGGAGGUGCAGGGUGAGGAGGAGCGGAAGGAGGAAGAGGAGGAGGAUGUCAGCCAUGUAGAGGAGGAAGAGGAGGAGGAGGGUCUGAGCAUGCAGACAGAAGAUCGGCGAGGUGGGGAUGGACAGAUUAAUGAACAGGUGGACAAACUGAGGCGACCAGAGGGGGCCAGCAAUGAGAGCGAGGUGGAUUAGACAACAGCACAAAAACACUCUCCAAACACCACUUCCUAUCUCUGCCGAUGGCUUUGUUUCAAUCUGCUGCGCUCUGCUCACACUGUUUGUUUUUAUUUUUUAAAUCUAUCUCCACUGUCUCUUUCCACUUGUUUCUCUAACAUCUUAAUCUCGAGCAAAAUGAGGAGUAGGCACGAACGUGAGAAGACGCAAAACGGGCAAAUAUUGUCUGGUUGACUCAUGGCUUAUCUCAAUUUGCUUUUCAUCAUGCAAACGAAAUGACUGCAUGCUGAGCCGAGUACCAUUUUGUGAUGUUACCGGGAAAUGACGGGCAAUAGGCAAAUCAGAGGGAGUUUAGAGGGUUCAUGCAGAACUAACCAUGUAACCGACCGCCUUUAAUUUUCAUGAUUUGAUCAGAUAACUCACAGCUGUGCGUUGGUGUCCUUGUAAUUGUACUAAGGCUUUAUACAGACCAAAGAGGCGACGCUGCACAGAAUGUCUCUGCUGUGUAGUGCAGCUGUGGGUCAGGAGUCAUAUGUUGGUACUUCAGUCACAGAGUUACUGUGAGCUUCCAGAGAAGCAUUAACACAGUUUGUCUCCCUGGUGAUGGCAAUAGGAGAGGACACGUUCUUCCAGGGCCGGAGCUUUUAGCCUCUUUUAUGUGUCCUUUCGCAUUGGUGUCAGUCUGUCAAUAAUUCACAAGGCCAGCAGGGUGGCAUUUGGGUGAAAUAAAAGCCCUGAAAUUCGAGAUUAGAAUGUGAUGACGGGCUUUGUUCCAUGCCGGUGUCAGGGUGUUCAUAGGCUCAAAGGAGGGGAAGAUAAAUGUUUUUUUCCCCUGCUUUCCUUUUUCACUGAGGAUUGAAUUGUACAUCUUUCGUGAGUGUGUUUGUGCGUGGCAGACGCUGUCUGCUGAGCUGUAUCUGUGUCUCCAGCAGGGCAGCUGAUUUGGUUUGUGAAGUAUGUUAAUAAUCAAAUGAUCAACAAAUAACAGAUGUAUUAGUUCAUGCAGCUUGAAAUGUCAAGGAGGCUAAAACUGGAAAUCUAAUACAGAAAGCCCAGUUGCAUUGUAUUAUUUUCUGUGACAAACCCUCCGGUCCAAAUUAUGUAGAGCCUCCUACAGUGAGUAAUCUUUACAGAAAACGGCGCCGAUAUUUUGUAAUUAAGCUGCAGUAAGACAACGAGGGCUGCCACAGAUGGAAGUUGCACAACUUGUAUCACUUUUUUUCUAUCUUGGUGUGGAGGUGGAUGGGGGAAGUAAAACAAACAAAAAAAAAAAUGCCCCAUGAUUGAAAAGGAAAGCAA